GAGCGGAGCAAGCAGCAGAGGUCACUUUGUGUGGCUGGAACCCCCCCGUUCAGCUGCAUCAUGGCAACGGUGGUCACUGAAAGGCUGAGCCGGCUCUUCAUUAACGUGCAGCAGAUCCCUCAGCUGCUGGCUCCCCUCUCUCCCUCCACCGUCAGCAGUUCCGAGGUGCCAAAGGUCUUCUGGAAGCCCUACAUCCACACCGGCUACCGGCCCGUGCAGCAGACCUGGCGCUAUUACUUCUCAACGCUCUUCCAGCAGCACAAUGAGGCCAUCAAUGUCUGGACGCAUCUGGUGGCAGCGCUGAUCCUGCUGCUGCGGUUCCAGCAGCUCUCUCAGCGAGUGGAUUUUGGGCAGGACCUGCAUGCCCAGCCCCUCUUCAUCAUCAUCGUGGCAUCCAUCACCUACCUGAUGUUCAGCAGCCUCGCUCACCUUCUGCAGGCCAAAUCUGAGUUCUGGCACUACAGCUUCUUCUUCAUGGACUAUGUGGGGGUUGCCAUCUACCAGUACGGCAGCGCUCUGGUGCACUACUACUAUGCAAUUGAGCCGAGCUGGCACGAGAAGAUCAAGGGGUUCUACAUGCCAGCAGCAGCCCUGUUAGCGUGGCUGUCCUGCGCCGGCUCCUGCUACGCUAAGUACCGGUACCACCAGUCCACUCGCCUCCUGAGCCGGCUCUGCCAGGAGCUGCCCUCUGGCCUGGCCUACAUGCUGGACAUCAGCCCCGUGGCUCACCGCAUCUGCGCCGCGCCACGCUCCGAGCGCGAUGACCCGGCCCUGCUCUACCACAAGUGCCAAGUGCUCUUCUUCCUGAUCGGAGCCUUCUUCUUCUCGCACCCUUACCCCGAGAAGUGGCUCCCUGGGAAAUGCCACUUCUUCGGGCAGAGCCAUCAGAUCUUCCACGUGUUCCUGGUGCUCUGCACGCUGGCACAGAUCGAGGCGGUGGUGCUGGACUACGAGUCCAGGCGCCAGAUCUAUUCCACUCUUCAAGGCAAUUUGGCACAUAAUUUCUCUGCCCUGUGCCUCUUCACUGUGACCUGCUCUGUCCUCACGGCUGCUUACAUGGCCCGGAAGGUGAAGAACAAGCUGAGCUUCAAAGAAGAGUAAGAGCUCUGAAGGAGAAGCGGGUGAGCUCACCUGACUGGUUGCUCUGGAGCCAGAUGAUGCUGGCACGAAUUCGGGUGCAGGCUUAGAGAAGAGGAAUGAAGCGCUUUGUGAGCUGUUACUCAGCAGUGCUCUCUGUAGGGAAGGAAAGAGCAAAGUAAGAGCUGCUUUUAAUGUUGUAAUUCAGAAUUAACUCCAGCUUGCACUUACAAUGGUCCCUGCUUUAAUUCACGUCUGAAUAAACAGCUGGAAUCAUAGAA